AUGGCCGCGAAGUCGGAUGGAGCGGCGGCCGCGGCCGGCCCGGGGCCGGAGGGGGCGGCUGGAGGAGCCCGGGGUGGUGCAGGCGGGCGCGGGGAGGCGGCGGCGGCGGUGGCCGGGGGCCCUGGAGUGACCGGGGCGGGGGGCUCGGGGCCACGCUACGAGCUGCGAGACUGCUGCUGGGUGCUGUGCGCGUUGCUCGUGUUCUUCUCCGACGGCGCCACGGACCUGUGGCUGGCGGCCUCCUACUACCUGCAGGGUCAGCGCACCUACUUUGGCCUCACGUUGCUAUUCGUGCUCCUGCCCUCGCUGGUGGUGCAGCUGCUCAGCUUCCGCUGGUUCGUCUACGACUACUCGGAGCCCGCGGGAGCCCCGGGACCCGCCGUCAGCACCAAGGACAGCGGCACCGGCGGGCCCUCCAUCAGCACCAAGGACAGCGCCGCCGCCUUCCGGACCAAAGAAGGCAGCCCCCAGCUGGGUCCCGGGCCCGCGCCCUCCUCGGCCAGCGCCUACCGCCGCCGCUGCUGCCGCCUCUGCGUCUGGCUGCUGCAGACCCUCGUCCACCUCCUGCAGCUCGGCCAGGUCUGGAGGUACCUGCGCGCCAUGUACCUGGGGCUGCAGAGCCGCUGGCGCGGAGAGCGGCUGCGGCGCCACUUCUACUGGCGGAUGCUGUUCGAGAGCGCCGACGUGAGCAUGCUGCGCCUGCUGGAGACCUUUCUGCGCAGCGCGCCGCAGCUGGUGCUGCAGCUCAGCCUCCUGGUGCACCGCGGCGGCGAGCCGGACCUGCUGCCCGCCCUGUCCACCUCCGCCUCGCUCGUGUCCCUGGCCUGGACGCUGGCCUCCUACCAGAAGGUGCUGAGGGACUCACGGGACGACAAGCGGCCACUGUCCUACAAGGGCGCUGUGGCCCAGGUGCUGUGGCACCUGUUCACCAUCGCUGCUCGCAGUCUGGCCUUCGCGCUCUUUGCCAGCGUCUACAAGCUCUACUUCGGCAUCUUUAUCGUGGCCCACUGGUGCGUCAUGACCUUCUGGGUCAUCCAGGGCGAGACGGACUUCUGCAUGUCCAAGUGGGAGGAGAUCAUCUACAACAUGGUGGUGGGCAUCAUCUACAUCUUCUGCUGGUUCAAUGUCAAGGAGGGCCGCAGCCGCCGCCGCAUGACCCUCUACUACUGCAUCGUCCUGCUUGAGAACGCUGCGCUCACUGGCUUCUGGUACUCCAGCCGCAACUUCUCCACCGACUUCCACUCACUCAUCCUGGUCUGCGUGGUGGCCUCCAGCUUCGCGCUGGGCAUAUUCUUCAUGUGUGUCUACUACUGCCUCCUGCACCCCAACGGGCCCAUGCUGGGUCCCCAGAUGCCUGGCUGCAUCUGCCCUGAGGCCCCAGGACCCUGUGGCCCACCGGCCGACGCUGUCACAAGCCCCCCAAGGUCCCUGCCGAGGACUACAGGCACUGAGCGGGAUGGGGUCUCCGCGGGGGGCGAGCGUGCAGGGACCCCCACGCCACCUGUCUUCCAGGUGCGGCCUGGCUUGCCUCCCACACCAGUGCCCCGUACCUUGCGGACAGAGGGGCCUGUCAUUCGGAUCGACCUGCCCCGUAAGAAGUACCCUGCAUGGGAUGCUCAUUUUAUUGACCGCCGGCUCCGGAAGACUAUUCUGGCGCUGGAGUAUUCGUCUCCUGCCACUCCCCGGUUGCAGUACCGGAGCGUGGGGACCUCCCAGGAGUUGCUGGAGUAUGAGACCACGGUGUAAGCCACAGUCUCCCCCACGAAGAGGGACAGGCUUGGCCGACCCCACAUCGACCACAGUGUUGAGCCUGGAAUUUCAGGGCCACCCAGCUACAGGGGUGUGGAUCUGUUGGUCCAAGUGUAGAGUGGCCCUGACCUUUAUGGAGAAAGAACCAUGGGUUCUUUCUGGGGAGGGGGCAGCCUUGUGGAGGCCCCAGCCCUAGGCCUGUUUGCAGCCCUGUGGCCCAUCUCCUAAACUCCCCUGAACCGGGGCCCAGGGAAU